AAGUCGCAAACGCACAUAGACGACGACGAUGGUAGGGGUUGCGGUGCGAAGGUCACCGUCAGUGGUGGUGAGGCCGUCGGAGCUGACGGCCGCAACGAGCGGCGGCGCCAUAAUAAAGCUCACGCCUUUCGACAGGCUUAGUGCCAAGCUGCCAGUCACGGCGCUCCUCGCGUUCGAGCAUCCGAUCCGCGAGGCCGCCGAGACCAUUAAGAGAGCACUCUCGCGAGCGUUGGUCCCCUACUACCCUAUCUCCGGUCGUAUUGUUGCAGGGUCUGGCGGCGGCGGUGACGACGAGGAGGAGGUCCACAUCCGGUGCAGCGGCGAGGGCGUGGCAUUCGUCGCCGCCUCUGCGAACUGUGCCUUGAAGGACGCCGAAUUCUUCGCCCGAUCGCCUGACACAAGGACGCCGCCGCCGCUGCUGGACGAGCUCGCCGUAGACUACCCGGCCGAGUGCUGCGCGCCCGCCGACCCGCUGCUGCUCAUGCAGGUGACGGAGUUCUCCUGUGGCGGGUUCGUCGUGGCCGUGACCUGGAACCAUGGCGUCGCCGACGGCAUUGGGAUGGCCCAGUUCUUUGAGGCCGUCGGCGAACUCGCGCGCGGGUCGCCGUCGCCGUCCCUUGCUCCAGUCAGAUGGGACGAUUCGCUCAGCCUCCCUCCGCCCAACGUCCAACUAGUCAGCCCCGAGCCGAUGGGCCUCGUCUACCUCGACAUCACCGUCACCUCGAGCUCGAUCGACCGCAUCAGAGCUGAGUUCCACGAGCGCUCCAACAAUGGCCGCCGUCGGACGUGCACCGUGUUCGAGGCGGUCGCCGCCGUGCUAUGGCAGUGCCGCACUCGCGCGAUCGCCUCCCGUCCGGAUUCCCUGGCCCUGCUCUCCUUCGCAGCUAACGUGCGUAGCCAUGUUAACGCCAAGGACGGCUACUACGGCAACUGCCUCGCCACGCAGACAGUCACGGCGACGGCCGGCACGGUGGCGAACGCGGACGUCACGGACCUGGUCGACACGAUCAAGCGUGCCAAGGAUGGGGUGCAAGACAAGCUGUUCGCCAAAAACGACGACGACCUGCUGCAAGCCAUGGAUAAGAGCCAGCUCGACAAGCUCCGGUACAGCGCGCUCUUCCUGACCUCGUGGCGGAACCUUGGCUUCGAGAAGGUGGACUUCGGCGGCGGGACGCUGGAGAGGGUGAUGUGCCGCUUGCCGGGGCCGUGGAUUAGGACCUGGCCGACUUGCGUGGUGUGCCUGCCGUGCAAAGAGAAGGACGCGCCAAAUAUUGUGCUGUCAGCGUGUGUCAAGGAGGAGCACGUAGAUGCCUUCCUAGCCGAGCUAGCAAGGUUUACGUGAUUUCGUACGGUAAAUGCUACGGCUCGGACGUUGGAUACGAUCACACAUGUUGCAAUAUAUAAGUACCGAUGUUAUAAUUAUUGUCUCUUUAUGUUCCACAAUGAAAGUUAAAUAAAACAGGAUGUUAAUGUUGC